AGAUUUCGAAAUGAGAAUAGAGAAUGUAAGAAACGGAACGUUUUGGAGUUUCCAAGAUGGCGGACGAAAAUAAAAUGGCGGCUGAGCUCGAGGAUGCUGAUUCCGCUGAUGAUUUUGAACGUCACUGGACGGGCGGGAGCUGUUGAGUCUCUCACCAGCCGCAUGAUCUCUCUCCUCGGCUACCCCGCUUCAUGCAGUGUGGGCGGUGAAGCCCGACCAUGCACUCUAGCUCUGACGUGUUGGCUGCGAGGCGGCGCGCGCGCUCGCGGCUGCGGCGGCGGCUGGCUGCUGACGUGCUGCGUCAGGGAGAAAGAAAGUUCCAGCAUGACGUCAUCAGAAUGGCGCUACAAGGCGCCGCCGCGCCUGCGAGUGCCGCAGCGCAGUGUGGUCCCCAACAAUGUUUUUCGGAGAAGGGUAGACGACGAUAGCACUCAGUUGGACUGCGGUCUUCCCUCCACCCGUAUUCUGCAGAAGAGGAUCAUAGGCGGACGAGAGGCGAGGUUCGCCGAAUUCCCGUGGCAAGCACAUGUCAGAAUCUCCGAAUUCCAGUGUGGAGGUGUUUUAGUGUCUCAUUGGUUCGUGGCGACAGCAGCUCACUGCGUGUCGCGAGCGCAUCCGAGAGACAUCGCGGUGUGGCUUGGGGCCUUGGACACCACUGCUGGAUCCAAUACUGCCAGGAAAGUCGGGGUCAUCCAAAAAAUCCUCCACCCGCUCUUCCAAUUCCGUAUGACGCAGCCAGAUCGCUACGACAUCGCUUUGCUCAAGCUCUCUCGACCAAUCGCCUAUGCCAGCCACAUACUACCUAUCUGUCUGCCAGAAGCUACCUUAGAGUUGAGGGGGAAGAAUGGAGUCAUCGCUGGAUGGGGCAAGACGGAUACCAGUAAUGGACAUACGGGGACAAAUCUGCUUAGAUCGGCUACUGUUCCUAUAUUGAGUACAGAGCAGUGCAUCAACUGGCACCAACGCAAGCAGAUCACAGUUGAGAUCCAUUCAGAGAUGAUCUGCGCGGGACACUCGGACGGUCACCAGGACGCCUGCUUAGGUGACUCAGGCGGUCCCCUCAUAGUCCUGGACAGCGGGAGGUACUAUCUGGCCGGCAUCACGUCAGCAGGGUUCGGGUGCGGAGUGGACCACCAGCCCGGGAUUUACCACAAUGUGCAGUUCACUGCCAACUGGCUUAGAAGCAUCAUCAGCCCCAACACCAACACCAACUAUAUUGACUUCUGA